AAAGAUAUUGGAUUCAUGGUGGGUAUUGAGCGCCAGCUACGGAAUUUCUCAAGAUUAAGCGCGUGAUUUAUGAAGAAACGGCGUGGGUUCAAGAAGAAGGAAUUCGCAGAUGAUUUAUUUGUCGAACAUGAGGACGAAUGUAAUUUGACUGAUGUCAACAUACUACGAGUGGAGCACGUUAGUUCAAAGAUUAAGCGGCGCAAUCGCAAGAAGACACUAAAGAAAUUUGAAAAAGUUCAGUUCCUCAAUAUCUGUGACGAAUAUUUAGCUUCAAAAUCCCAUGUUCUCCCUAAGGUCCUUCCAGAAACGUUGCACCAACCAUGUAGCAACCCAGAAAUUUUAAAUUUCCUAAGUGUCUUUGUAAACAACUACAUCGAUGUAUUUGACGUCAAACAGCUACGAAGAAAACUAUCGGAGUUCUAUGACCCUUCUGCAUACUUAACAUUCCAGAUAGCUCCUUACGUCUGUCAGUCGUCAUUGGAUAAAUGUUCUGAUAAAAGUUACAGACCAAAGUAUCGACCCCUUUGGGCCCCUUAUGAACGUUUCGCUGUUAAUAGUUUGCCCGGUGGGUUCCCUCUUCCAUCAUGGGCCUGGUUCGCUAUUAAGGAGGAGUCCAUGCCUCGAAGAUUAAGAGGUCCUAGCUUACCUAAACAGGAUAGGAAACUUCUCAAAUCAUUGAAAGGAUAUCAAAUGGGACACAUACAAAGAUUGGUAUCAGUUACACGCUCAGCUUCUAGCGCUCCUGAUCGCUUGAUAUCGAACAUUCCACCCCCACCAAUAGCGCGAAUGGAGUGUCGUGGAGGCGAUCAGGUUCUGGGCUUGCUUUAUCGUUUACCCAACCUUGUACAUGUGAGAAGUGACAGGUACUCACAUUUGGAUGUAAUUUGGGUGGAAUUACCUUUGGUUUGUGUGAGAUACUCAUGUAUUGCAGCUGAACCGGUGCCACAGGAUACACGCCCCAGCGACUUGGAAGGCGUUUCAGAUCAACUGCUAAACAUUGCUCCUCAUGGUAGCUAUGCCAUUCGUUUAGUUUGUCGAAUGCUAAUAUUGCAUCAAAGUGGUAAAAUUCUUCAGGAAGAUUGGUGCGUUACUCCAUUGCCAAGUUCACAUUUACAGGAGUGUUCACUGGUUAUCACAGAGGCUGUGUCAAAUUUUAUGACUCCAAAAACAUCUACGCUAGUAUCAACUUUCGAAGCAGGUGGUAUACCGGACGACGCUGUUCGUUCAAAAUUAGUUGAUGAGCUUUCCACUGCAACUGGAAUGAAUAAAGCUUAUUCUUUACAGUGUUUAACUGAGUGCCAAUUUGAUAUAGAUUCUGCAUUACACUCAUUUCAAAAAGUACAUGAAGCCGGACUUUUACCCGCCGAAGCAUUUUCACUGAUUUGACUAUUCACAUUGUUUUAGUGUUGUAUUUUUGGAAUUUUUUUUACAGAUUUUGUAAAUAUAUUUUUACUUCACUUUAAA